UACAGCAGACGUGAAGAGGACAACUGGGUCUGAUUGAAUGUCUUGGAGAAGAAUGAAGCCCAUCAUUCUCUUGUUCAUUACCGGGAUUCUAGCUAACAAUGCUUUCCCUCCCAAUUCUGGAAAUCAACAGUAUAAUAAUAAUUGCUACAACCAUCAGUAUCCCCUAGAGAGGAACCAUCCAAACCAAUCCAAUCUAGGAAGAAGCCGAAGUCCAAAUGAAAUUGUGGUUGGCACAAAUACCAACUUUGCAUUCAAGUUCUUUAAGGUAGCUGCUUCCAACGGAGACCAGAGGGACAAUUCAGGCAAGAAAAACCUGGUCUUCUCUCCCAUGUGUAUCUCAUCUUCAUUUGCCAUGAUGGCUUUGGGGGCCAGGGCAAAAACUUUAGAUCAGAUUCUCAAAGGACUGAGCUUUAAACCAACAGAGAUUGCAGAAAGGAACAUACAUGAAGGUUUCCAUGAUCUCAUCUACAUGUUAAACAGUGGGAACUCAGGCCUCCGUGUGGAAAUGGGGUGUUGCCUAUUUGUAGAAAACAAGCUGCACCCACAACCAGAUUUCUUAAAUGGACUCAGAAAUAUCUACGGAGGAGAUAUCUAUAUGGAAAAUUUUAAGAACACAGCAGAAACUAUGCAACACAUCAAUGGCUACGUUGAAAGAAAAACCCAUGGGAAGAUUUCUAAGCUCAUCGAUAGAGUUGAUCCAGUGACUGAAAUACUAAUGGUUAGUUUCUUUUACAUGAAAGCCAAUUGGAAGAAGCCUUUUAAUCCAAAGUACACUGUGCCACAUGAGUUCUACGUUGAUCCUCACACUGCUAUCAAAGUGCCAAUGAUGUUCCAGAUGGGCAUGUUUGAAUAUGGCAGAGAUGACCAGAGGGCUUGUACUAUUCUGAAAAUGCCCUACCAAGGGCAUGCUGAUGCAUAUUUUAUCCUGCCUGACAAAGGAGAAAUGGACAGGGUGAUCAGCAGCUUAUCAAACGAAGCUGUGCAAUCUUGGAAAACAAUACUCCAGAGGAGCUCUGUAAAUGUGUAUAUCCCAAAAUGUACAGUUUAUGGAGAGCUCAAUCUGAAAGACAUAAUGUAUUCCAUGGGUAUAGUAGACCUCUUCACUGCAAAUGCAGAUCUGUCUGGAAUCACAGGGCAGCCUCAGCACCGGGUUAAUGGCGCUAUUCAUAAGGCUGUAAUGGUGAUAGAUGAGAAAGGAACGGAAGCAUCAGCAGCCUCUGCGAUGGACCUGGUGCCCAUGUCCAUGCCAAGAGUAUUUAAAGCCAACUCUCCUUUCAUGACUAUGGUUGUCGAAGAAUCAAGUGGAAGUAUCAUCUUCUUGGCAAAGAUCUCAAACCCUGCUGAGAGCUAAAUAAGCAAAAUGCACAUGACUAAUAAGCUACAAAUUAUUUCCUAAUUAUUUUGGCCUGAUCCACACUGAAUUGACUUUUCAGCUUUUGCAUAUGGCCUCCAUGGUUAAACUGUAGAACUGGAUUGUGUGAAGAGAGGAAAAGGGGAGGGAAAGUAAGCUAUGGGUGAAACUUGUAAAAGGUGGAAGGCUUCUCAUUCAGAAUACAUCCCAGUAUAGCAGCUGCCGGUCUGUUCUGUUGGUGCAUUUUGUCUUUGCUCCGUUCUGUUUGUGCUUAUUACCUUUGCUCAUCAGAUCAAUGCACAGCACAUGGUUUGCAUCUCAUUAGGUACCAGACGUUCUGGGUAUUGACUUGCAGUGGCAUGGAGAUACACUGCACCACAGUGGCUAAUUUGAGGAAGCAGGCACACAGCAGCUGCCCUGGGGAGGAAAUGUCAAGGCAAAUGCCACGCGCUAUAUUGUCUUGAAGAAUGCCCAUCUAACAUUUGUGUGGAAUGUUUUUUCCAGAGCCCUAGACCCUGAUUCAGGAUAUACUUCCAGCUGAAUGUAAAUAGUUGUUGAGAAGGAUCAGUUUUUAGGAUACUUAACAAAGUCUAAAGCUACAAUCCUGAGCACAUUCAUAAGUGAGAAACUCCCACUGAACUCAUGCAGACAUACUUCAUAUUAAACAUGGUUAGGAUCACAU